UGAAAACGGGUGUAAAAUAAAAAUAACGCGCUGCUGUGGGCUGCUGGCUGCUUCAGUACUGAAACCCCAGCUGAUGUAGUUUAAUAACAACACGAUGGAUUUCAAUGUCAAGAAACUGGCGUCCGAUGCUGGCGUGUUCUUCACCCGUGCUGUUCAGUUCACAGAGGAGAAGCUGGGCCAGGCAGAGAAGACUGAGCUGGAUGCUCAUCUGGAGAACCUGAUCGCCCGAGGAGACUGCACCAAGAACUGGACAGAGAAGAUCUUCAGACAGACUGAAGUGCUGCUGCAGCCCAACCCCAGUGCCCGCAUUGAAGAGUUCUUCUAUGAGAAAUUGGACAAAAAGGCUCCAACCAGAACCACCAAUGGGGAGCUGUUGGGACAGUAUAUGCAGGACGCUGCCAAGGAUUUUGGACCAGGAACUCCUUAUGGCAGUACCUUGAUCACAGUGGGAGAGUAUCAGAAGAAGCUCGGCGGCUCUGAGAGGGAGUUCUUACAAUCGUCGGCUGUCGGGUUCCUCACUCCUCUUCGGAACUUUCUAGAGGGCGACUGGAGAACCAUCUCGAAAGAACGAAGGCUGCUGGAGAAUCGUCGCCUCGACCUCGAUGUCUGCAAAGCGCGGCUGAAGAAAGCGAAGCUGGCCGAGGCCAAGGCUGCUGCUGCACCUGAUUUUCAGGAGACUAGGCCUCGCAAUUAUAUUCUGUCCGCCAGUGCAUCUGCGUGGGCAGACGAUUUUGAAGAUCCCAGUAUGAUUGCUGAAAGAAAGCUGUGGAGUGAAGAGGUGGACAAAGCCGAACAGGAGCUGCGGGUGGCUCAGACGGAAUUUGACAGACAGGCGGAGGUGACCCGUCUCCUUCUAGAAGGCAUCAGCAGUACACAUGUGAAUCACUUGCGAUGCCUGCAUGAGUUUGUGGAAGCCCAGGCUGUCUACUAUGCUCAGUGUCACAAGCACAUGCAGGAGUUGCAGAAGGAACUCAGCAGUGCAAAUGGAGAUACGUUUCCCAACGCCUUUGCAGGCAACCCCUCCACAUCAGGACUCACGGCAGGUCCAUCUCCUCUCUCCGGUACCUCGGCUCCUGCCCGUCCCCCGCCCCCCUCCAGCUCUCUGGAGUCUGUCCCGCUGAAAAUCGAGGAGGUGAAGCCUCCAGCCACAGGCACACGCAAAGCCAAAGUGCUGUACGACUACGACGCUGCAGAUACGAGUGAGCUGUCGUUGUUUGCUGAUGAGCUCAUCACAGUUUACACAGUACCAGGCAUGGACCCAGACUGGCUGGUUGGGGAGCGAGGCAAUCAGAAGGGGAAGGUGCCCGUCACGUACCUGGAGCUGCUCAGCUAGACGGCUACUCAGAGUAGACGCACGAGUAGUUGCACACAGAGAGAUGCACACAUGCAAUUUAUGUUUGUGCCCUUAACUAUGUUUGUGCCCUUAACUCGUUUGGUGGCCGAUAUUGUGCGGAAGGUUUGCAUGAGCAAAUAUUCAAACACUGAACACUCUGGGACUUUUAUGAUUUAUGAUUUUUUUCUUUUUGUAUUAUUGUUUGAUUUGUUUUUAGGUUUAACUUGUAUUCAGAUACUCCCUCAAUAACUCAAAGGACCUGAGUAUACUAGUAUACUAACUACUUUCUUGCAAGGAGUCUCACAACAAUGUGUUAAAAGGCAAUCCCACCAUGCCUCUGCAUUAUCCAAUCAUUUUAUAAUUAUUUAAACAGUCUAUUUUUAAACAAAUGUAAUGGACUUAUAAUGGCAGACCUUUUUAUUAAAACCAUCUCCUUGUUUCUUUACUUAAUAUUAUAGUCUUAUGUCAUCAGCUCCACUUACUAUUUUAUAUAGGAGAGCUUUCUAGUGCUUGUAGGAAUGGAUCAAACACAGCAGUGCUGCUGGAGUUUUUAAACACCUCUGCGACAAAGCUGGACUGAGAGUAUUCCACCCACCUUAAAUAUCCAGAUGACUGAUAAAAGACUAGAGGAUGACCAACCCGAACUGUGCAGCAACAGAUUCAGAUCUUCUGUCUCUGACUUUACUUUAUCUAUGAGGUGGAGGAGCUACAGUAGGUCGAAGUGUGUAAUAGAGUAAUAGAGUGGAGGACAGUGAGAGAUUAAACACAGUGUUUAAAAACUCCAGCAGCACUGCUGCUGUAUUUGAGCCACUCGUACCAGCAGCAGUGCUGCUGGAGUUUUUACUCCCACUCGUUAUAAUAGCCUGUUGCUCUCUGUGGUGUUUUUUUUUUCUCCUGUGGGGUCCUGCGCAUUAAAGAACAGGGUGAAAGGAGAGCAAUAAAAAAAGUAUACAGAGAAACAAAUACAGGACUACAGUCUGCACUUAUAGAACUACAAAGUGCUCCCAAAUGUGAUCAGUGGAGCUUAAAAAAGGAACAAUGAGUGUAAAAACAAGAAGGUGGUUUUAAUUUAACUUGGCCAGUCACUGUUAUUAUAAGCUUUUUAUGUGCACUGUUGUUGAUGGAGACAGCCGAAAGAAAAUUGCCUCUCUAGAACAUCCUGCGUUUUCCCGCAUCCUGCAGUUUUGAAAGCCAUUUAAAAACUUGUUACAAAACAUUCAACGGUGUCUCUGAGGAUCAGUCCACAUAUUCACAAGCUGAUUAUGCAAUAACUUUUUGUGAGGGAGCUUUUAGAGACAAAAAAAAAGGCUUCAGACAUCUGCUUCUCAUCAUCAGCACUGUGAGCGGUUCUGUCUUCUUAGUAAGUUUUGAGUCCAGAGUGGAGCAUUUUAAGAUGAAUUACUCUGAAUGAGCUUAUUUACAGCUUCAGUCAGACAUGAGCUGUGAUGAGUGCUAGAAGCUACAUGGAAAAAUGGGAAAAUUGGAUGACCUGUUCUAAUGCUGAGCUACAGCAUCUGCUAGUUGGCUUCAUUUACAAGCAGAGCGAUUUUCUCUUAUUUUAACAUUUUAGAAAGAUUUAUCAUGUCUAAAUCUUUAUCUAUGGUAAGGGAUCACUAGAGUAUUGUUUAAGCACACACCCCCUUAUAAAUUUACUCAUCAAAUUGGCAUUGUGUCCACAUUUAGAGACUUUCUGAUUCACCUCUAUUCUUAUGAAAUGGGUUGACAUCCGGAUGGGAUUAGAUUUACAAGAGGAUGUUGAGUCAUGUCAUUUUAUUAGUGGAUAUCUGUAAAAUGUAUUACAGAUUUGAACAGGAUAAGACAUCUUGACAGGAGUUUAGACUCUACUUGGGACAGUGUUUCUCAAUCCUGGUCCUGAACUUCCUAUGCCUUGCACAUUUUAUGCCUUGUUCACACUACACGAUUUUGGGCCAGUUUUUUAGUCGCCAACAGUUUUUCGUUGAUCGCCGACAAAAACCCAGUUCGGAGGCAAAUUGGGGAUCACUCUGCGCUCGCACUGUCACGUAGAAUUACUGAAAGACGCUCCCGAACUAUCGCCAACUGAUCACCGACGAGCUGCAGACGCCCGGCAAAUAUUCAAUGUUUAAUAUCUGACUCAGUCGGCGACUAGGAGUCAGGAGCUGCGGCUACAUACAGCCAAUUGGAUCACAGAAAGAGAGAACCACGGGUCCAAAACACAUCUCCUGCUUUACCAGAGCUGUUUAUGGAGAGUCUAACCACUUUCUGUCACCCCUGUUAUAUCUUUAAAUGAGCUAAAGGCUAAAAGGCUAUGCUAAAAAGGCUGAUAACUGGAGUUCAAAACUAUAAACAUGAUGUCUGCAGUACUGAAACAUAUGAUAUAGUUCUGUGUUGAGGAGAUAAGUACACAUUUCAGUAUAAAACUGAUCAGACAUUUAUAAACUCGGAUUUUGCUCAGUUGCUUCAUAUGAACUCAUUUCAUUUUGGACUCACUUUAAAGUGCGUAUUCUCACCCAUGGGAGAUUCUCACCCAUGGCAUCACUAGUUCUCAUGUGUUUAGUUCAGGUGUGAAACGUUCAUCUCGUGAUGAAACGUGUUUCUGGACAGCUGUGAGGUGAGUCACAGAUUUCCUAUGAUGAGAAAUCGUGUAAUUUGUGACCUUGUUUGAAAGUCUCAACAACUGAAUGACUCAUGAUUACAGCACAACCAGUCAUGUAGUGUGAACAGCACCAUGACUGAUGACUCAAAAAGUUGUAUAGUAUGAACCUGGCAUUAGUGGUUACCCUGCUUUGACCUUUUAAACUCUAGGUUUAUUAUUUUGUUAUUAAUCAGUAUAAUGAUGCAUAAAAUACUGUGAAUGAUUUGGUUACAGUUGAGCAUAUUUUGUGGAGUCCCACAUGGUUCUGUUUUAGGGUCUAUGCAAUUGACUAUAAUUAUGCAGUAUUAAAACAGUUAAGCUUACAUACAGUGUUUAGGAACGUGUAAAUCAGCUGAUUAGUUUUAGGAUUAAGUGUGUUCGGAGAGGGAGAUGCAGUAGAUAACAGUAGAAGGCAGGGUGCCUCCAGGACCGUAAUUGAGAAAAUUGACUUGGGCUUUACUGUUAAAAAAUGUGAUGUUAACACAUAACACAAACAUGUAGGCUGUAGGCUAUGCUGUAGGCUGUACAUAAUUAUGUGCCAGAGUGCCUCUAAACCUGAGAAAAAUCACACACAAAAAAUCACAGGAUAUGAUGAAUUAGAUACCUACUAAAAAAAAUCACAGGAUAUGAUGGAUUAGAUACCUACUAAAAAAAAAUACAGGAUAUGAUGGAAUAGAUACAUACAUGUCUAUUUAUAUGUGAUUAAUAUAUCCUAAGCUUAUUUCAUGUCUCAUUUUACUCAAGGUCUUAGAAUGAAUGACAUUGCAUUGCAGACUCUGGUAAUAAUUGCAUUAUUCCACAUCCCCAUGUAAAACUAACUCUGUCCGAAUAGGGCUUUGGACUAAAUUGAACAAUUACUGUAAUUUAACAAUUAUUGUAAUGUAUUACUACAGGGAGGUUCUUUAAAGGGGGAAGAUUUGUAGAAGUACCAUAGAAAUCCUUCUUGUAGUAUUACUAUACAAUUACUUUUAGUAACUAUAGAGGUAGAGAAGCAAAAUGCAUGAAAGCGUUGAAAGUGUCAUUCUAGCAGUGUUAUUCUAAUAUUCUAAUUUGCACUUUCCAGUCAAAAUGUUAACUAUGUGCAAGUUCUUCAUUUUUUCAAAAGACUUGAAUAUAAAAUAUUAGAUAUAGAAUAAUCCAUAUGAAGUAAUAUUUCCUAAGCUGCAAUAAAAAAAAAAAAUAGUAUUAAAAUAAUAAUAUUCCUAACAACCAAGCAAGACCUAAGAGACCGUCAAAACCACCUGCAUCAGAUAAACUACAUUUAAGACAUUCAUUUUUUAAAUGUGUAAAGAAAAUUCAAGCUUUACUCCUCAAAAUACUAAAGUGUUCGCAUUUUACUAAAGGAUGUGGAGCUGAGUAAGAUGUUCUUACAUCUACAAAUCAAACCUCUGAAGCUCCUGCUAUUGUCAAAAUAAUGAACUGGAAACAGUUCAGUCCAAAACUCAACAUCAUUUAAUGUAAUUGGUGUGAUUUGCAGUGUUUAAAUCACAUUUCAGUGUAGAGAAAAUAAUAGAAGCUGUAUUACAUUAGUUUGUUGAGGCUUCUGUAUUAUUUUGUUUGAAAAAUAUAUGUUUUUUUUUUUUUUUUUGGAAAAUGCGAAAAAUGAAUAAAAAAAGCUAAUUUACAUUGUUUCAAGCAAUUGAACUAGACCUAUUUAUCUCAAAUUAAUAUAUUGACCCCUAUUGAACAACAAGUAUAUUUCAGAGCAUAUGUACUGAAAAUACCUACAUUUAUGGGACAGCAGCAUGCAAACUGAUUGUUGAGGGGCACCUCAUGGAACUGACUGCAUGGGAACACCCACACCUGUAUACAUUGUAAGGUGUUAUCUUGUGAGUGAGGCCAUGAAUGCCAUGAAUGCUAGCCAGUGUGCUUAUAACAAUCAGUGUGUAAAUAAAAAAAAAAAUAGUUUUGAGUUAUCGAGUUGGAAUGAGGUCUGAAAGUGGGUGUCAGAUGGAUUGGACAUUUUUGUCAAUGAGUGUAUUUCUGUGUAUUUAAUAUUAAAAUUACAAUUAUUAAAAUAUUAAAAAUUACAAAUCUACAGUAGUGUCACACAUAUAGCAGGAAUAUAUCCUGCAGGUCAUUGCAGAAGUUCUGUUACAUGACCUGAUGAAUGUAGAUGUGUUUGAUUAGAUAGAUAAGGCAGUUUAAUUGCUUGUUACCACAUGAAGUAUUUCUUUAGCCCUUUUUUUAAGGUAGUACCAUGAUGAUAUUUGACUUGUAAUGCAAAUAACAAUGAGAAUAAAGACUGUUAGAGUAAUUGUAAAAUGUUUGAAACCUAAAUGUUCCCAGUUUGAUGUCUUAAUAAUGUUCUACCUAAUAAGCCAUGAAAAUGAUUCGGAUGCAUCAGAUAUCUCAGUUUACCUCCUUAUAUAUAUGAAGAGACUCCUGCAGUUUAGAAAUAAAGGUUCUUUGGUUCUUUUGCACCUUUUCCAUAUGGAAGAAGCCGUUUAACUGAACAUUAACAGAGUAAAUAGUUUAUUCACAUCAGGUGUUGUUGUGAUGGAGUUAGCAGUGUUUGUGUGUGUGUUUUAUUUUAUUUUAUUUUUUUUUGCUUUAUCAUUGCUUAAAUCUGCAAUAUGUUUUACGGUUGCAGGAAAAGCUGGUUUAGGCCUUUGCUAUCUUCUACAGCAACCUGUGGCAGGAGUGUCGUUUCAGAUGAGUUUGACGUGCCCAGAGAUGAUGCAUUUGUGUGGUUUAUGAGUCUGAGGUUUGUGAACAGUUCACAAAAAGGGUCCAAUUCUACGUAAAUUGACUGUGAUGUUCCAUUUUUGUUCUCCGGUUAUUUGUUUCCUGUAAACCCCAUUCAUUCCUUUCCGUUUCUUUGUCCAUCUGUGUAAUCAAUGCGUGUUUAAAAGAUAUAAGCAAUGCGUAUUGAGUGAAUGAAACUUGAAACAUAAUAAAAAAAAUAAAAA